GGAAGGGUGUCCCUCGCCCCUGUUUGUCAGAGGGUGGAGAUGAAUGGCAGGAGAGAGAUCACUGAUCAUUACCUGUUAGGUUCAUUCCCUCUGGGGCACCUGGAACUGGCCACUGUCGGUAGACAGGAUACUGGGCUGGAUGGACCUUUGGUCUGACCCAGUCUGGCCACUCUUAUGUUCUUAGGGGAAUAGGGGGACGGACGGACUGCCAGAGGGUGGGUGUAGGGGGAUGGACAGAGGGACAAAUGGGGUGUAGGGGGACAGACAGGGCCGUGAGGGGACCGAGGGGGGUGUCAGGGUGGGUAGGCUGGGCUGAACAAGGACUGACUGAAUAGCUUAGCUCUCAGUGCUGCACACCCCACCCUGCCCUCUUCCACUUCCCUCCCUGCCCAUUGCCCACAGAAACCUGCACGCCAGAGUGACCCCCCCUGCCAGCCGGGGACAGGAGCUUUCCCAACCCAGCGCCCCCCUGCCCAUGCUGGAGGAGGCCGCCUGGUGCCAGAGCAGCCCGGAGCCUCCAUCGAGCAGGGCUCUGGGAACACCCGGCCCAGCUUUCCCUGAGCAUCCUCAUGCUGGAGUCAGAGCUGGUGCCUUGCGGAGGGCUGGGGUUCCCGUGGGACUGGCCCGGGGAGCCCCAUUUGCUGAUGGGCUCCGCACUAGGGUCAGGGACCAGCACUCGGCCAGGACUGGUCCUAGGGCAGCGGUUCUCAGACUUUUGUCCUGGUGACCCUUCCACACAGCAAGCCCCUGAGUGCGACCCCCCCGGUACGUUAAAAACACUUUUUUAUAUUUAACACCAUUAUAAAUACUGGAGGCGAAGCGGGGCUUGGGGUGGAGGUUGAUCGCUCGCGACCCCCCAUGUAAUAACCUCACAACCCCCUGAGGGGUCCCGACCCCCAGCUUGAGAAUCCCUGUCCUAGGAGCUCAGCCGGGGGCAGGCAAUGUUGAGACAGGCCCCGUUCCAUCCUUUGCAAGCAGCUGUCGGCUCCCAACAACCCAAAUGGGAGCUGCCCUCCUUGGGCGACCCAGCUGGCCCCUGUUCCACUGACUCCGAGGAGAGUCCUGCGGUGGGCUAGGGCAGUGGGGCAGGGAGAGCCAGCACAACAGGGCCCUGGUCUCGGUCGGGGUCUGGGCAGCGCUUGGCACGACGGGGCCCUGGUCUCGGGUGGGGUCUGGGCGGCGCCCGGCCCGACGGGGCCCUGGUCUCGGUUGAGGUCUGGGCAGCGCCCGGCGCGACGGGGCCCUGGUCUCGGUUGGGGUCUGGGCAGCGCCUGGCGCAACGGGGCCCUGAUCUCGGGUGGGGUCUAGAGGCGCCCGGCACGACAGGGCCCUGGUUUUGGUUGGGGUCUGGAGGUGCCCAGCGCGACUGGGCCCUGAUCUCGGGUGGGGUCUGGGCGGCGCCCGGCACGACGGGGCCCUGAUCUCGGGUGGGGUCUGGGCAGCGCCUGGCAUGACGGGGCCCUGGUCUCGGUCGGGGUCUGGGCAGCGCCUGGCACGACGGGGCCCUGGUCUCGGGUGGGGUCUGGGCGGCACCCAGAACGACGGGGCCCUGGUCUCGGUCGGGGUCUGGGCAGCGCCUGGCACGACGGGGCCCUGGUCUCGGUCUGGGCGGCGCCUGGCGAGACGGGGCCCUGGUCUCGGUCGGGGUCUGGGCAGCGCCUGGCACGACGGGGCCCUGGUCUCGGUCUGGGCGGCGCCCGGCGAGACGGGGCCCUGGUCUCGGUUGGGGUCUGGGCAGCGCCCGGCGCGACGGGGCCCUAGUCUCGGUUGGGGCCUGGGCAGCGCCCGGCGCGACGGGGCCCUGGUCUCGGUCGGGGUCUGGGCAGCACCUGGCACGACGGGGCCCUGGUCUCGGGUGGGGUCUGGGCAGCGCCUGGCGCGACGGGGCCCUGAUCUCGGCCGGGGUCUGGGCAGCGCCUGGCGCGACGGGGCCCUGGUCUCGGCCGGGGUCUGGGCGGCGCCUGGCACGACGGGGCCCUGGUCUCGGCCGGGGUCUGGGCAGCGCCCGGCACGACGGGGCCCUGGUCUCGGCCGGGGUCUCGGCAGCGCCCAGCACGACGGGGCCCUGGUCUCGGUCGGGGUCUGGGCAGCGCCUGGCACGACGGGGCCCUGGUCUCGGUCGGGGUCUGGGCAGCGCCUGGCGCGACGGGGCCCUGGUCUCGGUUGGGGUCUGGGCAGCGCCUGGCACGACGGGGCCCUGGUCUCGGUCGGGGUCUCGGCAGCGCCUGGCGCGACGGGGCCCUGGUCUCGGCCGGGGUCUGGGCAGCGCCUGGCACGACGGGGCCCUGGUCUCGGCCGGGGUCUGGGCAGCGCCUGGCACGACGGGGCCCUGGUCUCGGCCGGGGUCUGGGCAGCGCCCGGCACGACGGGGCCCUGGUCUCGGUCAGGGUCUCGGCAGCGCCCGGCACGACGGGGCCCUGGUCUCGGUCGGGGCCCGGGGAGCGCCCGGCACGACGGGGCCCUGGUCUCGGUCGGGGUCUGGGCAGCGCCUGGCGCGACGGGGCCCUGGUCUCGGUCGGGGUCUGGGCAGCGCCUGGCACGACGGGGCCCUGGUCUCGGUCAGGGUCUCGGCAGCGCCUGGCACGACGGGGCCCUGGUCUCGGUCGGGGUCUGGGCGGCGCCUGGCACGACGGGGUCCGGUUUCACUUGGAGCCCAGGGCCCUGAGCCCAGCGGUGCCCGGCUCUUAUCAGGGGCGUUCCGCCGGCCGCUGGCUGCAGGAAGCGGAGGAAACCCGGACUCAGGCGCCGGCCAGUUCUCGGGAACUCGGGGGCGGGCGCCCGGGCUCCUGCGCCGCGCCGCGCCGCGCUCCCUCCUCCGCCCGAGCCCGAGCCCGGCGCGGCGCGUCCUCAGCCAUGCGGCCCCGGCGGCUCCGGCCCCCGGCUCCCGGGCGCUGCCUGCCCCUGCUGCUGCUCCUGGCGCUCCCAGGGGCUGCAGAAGAACCCUUUAACGUGAGCGUUCGGCCGGAAGACUCCGUGGUGGAGCACGGCGGCGCCAUCUGGUUAAACUGCAGCACCACGUGCCAGGAUCCCGGUGCCAGGGGCGGCCUGGAGACCUCGCUCACCAAAGCCCAAGAAAAACGAGGUCCCCGGUGGGAGGCCAGAGAGCUGGUUAAUAUCUGGGAGUGGGUGUCGGCCCCCCAGUGCUAUUUCUUCUGCUACGGAAAAGUAACUCGGGCAUCUGCCCACAUCACCACUUACCGGGUGCCGGAGCGGGUGGGGCUGGAGCGGAUCCCGGAGCUGGAGCGGGGCCGGGCCUAUAACCUGACGUGCCGGGUUCUGAACGUGGCGCCCGUCAGGCACCUCACCGUGACCCUCCGCCAGGGGGGACGGACCCUGCACACGGAGACCUUCCAGAACCGCACCAGGGCCGCGGCCGACAACGUCACGGUGACCCACGAGAUCAUCCCUCAGCGACAGGACCACGGGCAGGAGGUCACCUGCCACUCAGCGCUGGACCUGAGACCACUCGGGCAGCUCUUCCAAAACUCCUCCUCUGCGGUGGAGCUCAGGGUUUUUGCUCUCCCAGAGGAGCCCCAGCUCCAAAUCUCCCACCAUAUAGAGGUGGGCGACAAGGCGACCGCCCGCUGUGACGUGACCAAGGUCUUCCCUGCCGCUGGAGAGGCCCGGUUCACCCUGUCCUUUGGGGGUGAGCGCCUGAACUUCACCGUCACCACGUCGAAUGACACGGCCACAGCCCAGGGCGAGGUUCGGUCCCUGUCCGCAGGCGAGCGCCAGCUGACCUGCACCGUGUCCGUGGGGCCCGUGUCCAGAUCCGCAGGGCAGAGCGUUCUCGUGUACAGUUUCCCUCAGCCUGUCCUGGAGAUCGACCAGCCACGGGCCCUCGUGAACAGGAACGUGAGCCUCACGUGCUGCUCCCCUGCCUCCCAGCCCCCCGGCACUACGCUACAGCUCAGAGACUCCGAGCGAACCCUGGCGUCCGGGCACCAGCCCUGCCUGCAGCUCACGCUGACGGCCCGCAAGGGAGACAACGGGAGGCAGUUCACGUGCGAAGGGAACCUCGCCCUGGGCAGCCAUUCCUUCGUAAAGAACACGUCCGCCCAGCUCAUCGUCCUCUACAAGCCUACGCUGGACGAGUCCGGCUGCCCAAGUCACCAGACGUGGCUCGAGGGGACCCAGCAGCAGCUGGCCUGUGAAGCCGACGGAAACCCGACGCCGGAGGUCUCCUGCCGCAAGGACAGCCAGGUGUACGAUGCCGGCAGCGUGCAGAACGUCACGAGAGGCCACGCGGGGGUCUAUCGCUGCAGUGCAACCAAUGUGCACGGGACGGCCGGCAGGAACGUGACAAUCCAUGUCGAAUAUGGGCCUGAAAUGGACAAUGCCGGCUGUGCCAGGACCCAGACCUGGGUGGAGGAGACGGAGCAAAGCUUGGCCUGCCUGGCGUGGGGGAACCCGGCCCCGGCGGUGGUGUGCACAAAGGACGGGGCACCCUACGGCGUGGGGGUGCAGCGUCGGGUGGCGAGAGAGCACGCUGGGACUUACCACUGCACUGCCGCCAACACCCAUGGCUCAGCCCACCGGGAGGUGACCGUCCGGGUGGAAUAUAAGCCAUCAAUGGACGAGCUCAGCUGCCCAAGUGCCUGGACCUGGGUCAAGGGGAUGCCGCAGGCGUUCUCCUGUGACGCCGAUGGCAUCCCAGCCCCAGAGGUCGUGUGCACCAAGGACGGGGUCUCGUACCGCCUGGGCCAGGGGCUGGGCCUCAAGGACCCCAUGGGCACCUACCAGUGCAACGCCACAAAUCCUCACGGCUCGGCUACGAAGACGGUCACCAUCACCCUCGAAUACAAGCCCACCAUGGACGAGUCCAGCUGCCCCAGUACCCGGGCGUGGCUGGAGGGGACCCUGCACACCCUGGCCUGUGAGGCGGACGGGAUCCCUGUCCCCCGCGUCCCAUGCGCCAAGGAGGGAGCAGCUGACGAGUUUAGCGGCGAGCGGAACGUGAGCCGGAAUGACUCUGGCACCUACUGGUGCACGGCCAUCAACCGCCACGGGUCGGCGAGGAGGGCGGUCACCGUGCGGGUGGAAUACAGGCCCGUCGUCUUGCUCCUGGCUGUCAGCCCUUCUGCCACCGUCCCACGCGGCGCCAACUUCAACAUUAGCUGCCGUGCCGAGGGCUCCCCGGCGCCCGCCUACCGCUGGACCGUGCCCCCCGCCCCCAAUGUCCACUGCUCGGCCGAUAACAGCACCGUGAGCGUGGCCGGCGCCGACAGGCACAACCGCGGCGUGUACGUCUGCAGGGUCUCCAACGCCCACGGGCAGCACCUGGGCCGGCUCCAAAUCCAGGUGACAGAUAACAGACUCAUUGUUGCCGCCCUGACCGUGGGGGUGGCCGUCCUGCUGCUGGGUGGGACGGCCGGGCUCGUCUAUUACCUCAAAUCCACCGCCUGCAAGAAGGGGGAAUACAACGUGCAGGACGCCGAGAGCUCCUCCAAAGCCACCUGCCUCGGCCGCGACAGUGCCGUCUACGGGAUACAGCUCAUGCAGACCUGAGCCGGCCGGCGGCUGGAGCCGCGAGCGCAGGGGCUGCUGGAGGGGAACCCGACGGUGCGUCCCUGCGGCCGGGGCGCUGGCCGGACCGGCUGGUUUGUUUGUUUGUUGUUGCAUCCGUCCUCGGGCCACUUCAGAAGCUCCUGCCAAACUGUGUUCUCUGGCCAGCCCCGGCCUGUCUCCAUACAGCCACCUCCGCGGGCAGCUCCUGUCCCUGGGCUUCCUGGCUCGGAUCUGCUCCUGCCUUUUCCCUUCCCCAGCCCCACCCUGGAACUUCCGGUUUGUCUCCGCUCCAGAAAGCUGGUGUCUUGCCUUAAAUAUCCGUUCUCCGGCUUUGGGAAAUGGGUCAUGAGCUGGCCCAGGCCCAGCAAUGAUUGUACUGAAGCACGCGGGGUCAGGGGUGUUGCCUAAUCCAGCACCUGGCUGGACGGCGUUUGCAGGGGAGAAUGGGUACGUGGCCCACUGGGAUCUGAACGUCUAGGUCCCAGUUUCCCACCUGGGGGGAGGCAGGAGCCACCAAACACAAUCGGGCCUGCGGGGAAACAAAUGUGCUGGGUCUCUGUCCCCCGGCUAGCAGGAAUGGGCCAGUCUGUCCUCAGGUAUAAGAACAUACGACCGGCCAGACUGGUCAGAGCAAGGGUCCAUCCAGCCCAGUGUCCUGUCUGCUGACAGUGGCCAGUGCCAGGGGCACCCGAGGGAAUGACGAGAACAGGGAAUCGCCCAGUGAUCCAUCGCCUGUCGCCCAUUCCCAGCUUCUGGCAAACAGAGGCUAGAAACUCCGUCCCUGCCCAUCCUGGCUGAUAGCCAUUGAUGGACCUGUCCUCCAGGAACUUUUCUAGUUCUUUUUGGAACAGACAGAACAGCUGGGACCAGCAUGGUUCAUGUGUCUUGCCAGGAACUGUGCUGAGACCCAGCAAACUCGUUUCAUCGCAGGCCACUAAGUUUAUGGUCUGAGCGCCCCAUUACCCCUGUCAGUCAGCGUUCGGGUGCAGAUCACCCAGGCUGCUCCUGCUCCCGGGUUACUACAGCCACAGCCUGUUAAACUUCCCUUCCUGUUGUCACGGAGUCCCCGGGUGAUGCUCUGGAACUGAAGCCAGGCAGGAGUCUGGGGAAGUCUCCUCUCGGGGAGCAGCCUGUCUGCAGGACACACAGUUCACCCGGCUUCCCCCUUCCUGGGUCUGACCUCGGAGCAUUCAGCCUCCUCUGCCCCUCCGUGCGCUUCCCACAGCGAGUCCACCCAGGCGGGGUCCUGGGGAAGCCAGAGGGUCCUGCCCCCCAACUCCGCAGUCAGACGUGACUCUCAGCCAGCCAGUAAAACAGGUGGUUUAUUAGAUGACAGGAACAUGGUCUAACACAGAGCUUGUAGGUGCAGAGAACAGGACCCCUCAGCCAGGUCCAUUUUGGGGGGCAGUGAGCCAGACCACCCCGUCUGCCCUUCACUCCAUGUCCCCAGCCAGGCCCAAACUGAAACUCCCUCCAGCCCCUCUUCCUCUGGGCUUUGUCCCUUUCCUGGGCCAGGAGGUCACCCGAUUCCUUUGUUCUCCAACCCUUCAGCUCUCACCUUGCAGGGGGGAAGGGCCCAGGCCAUCAGUGGCCAGGAAACAGGGUGUCGGCCAUUCUCUGUGUCCAGACCCCUGCACACACCUGCUCUCUAGGGCUCUGCAACGAUCAUACACCCUUACCCCACCCCCUAGAUACUUAAGAACUGCCUAGGGGAAACUGAGGCACCCCCACACUAUUCAGAGGAAACAUUAAGAACAGUCCCGCUUCAUCACACCUCUCUGAGACAGCCAGGAGACCCCCCCCCCCCGACAUCUGCCCCCAGCUCGCAGAGGUUAGUGAAUUCUAGCACUUGGCUGGCUUGCUCUUUAUGGGCCCUCGGGUGGUGGAAAUCAGCCAUAGCUUCACUGGAGCCAAGGGGGCUAGAGCCCCAGCUGGUGGAAAUCAGCAUCGCUCCAUUGACCCAAACUCUGACUCCAGCAUGAGUUGAGUUUGCCGGGUGGUGCUGUCACUCACGCCAACGUCCUGGCCCGUCGAGCUGUCCUUUAGAGGCAAAGUAACGCCCCAGCACGUUUUGUAUGAUGGUUGUGGGGCAGAAUUAAAACAGCAACACCCCCCCGGCCCGGCCACCCACAUCUCCCACUUCCAAGGGCAGGAUGCCAAAGGAAACCUGCAAUGGCCAGAAAAAAAGUCUGCAUCCGCAGGCUUUGCGCAGGAUCGUACCAGAACAGCCGCUGUGGAUGUCGGUCUCGUUGUGCUUCUCUCCAGGCAGUGUUAAUUACCAGCACAGACUUUGUUCUCUAGCAACUGACAAAUUUAGCACAUCGGCGACAGCCCCACGGCUGAGCU